AUGACUGAGGAGAAGAAGGCGAUUGUGAGGGAUCUUGGAUUCGGUGGGUUGAUGCACAUCCCACCACUGAGGGUGGAUCACCAACUCUUAAGGGAGCUGGCAAACAACUUCAAACUUGGGGAGAACAAACUGAAGACAGGAUAUGGUUCUUUCCAAAUAACCCCCAAAAAAAUAGGUGAUGCGCUUGGCAUCAAUGCAACAGGCAAGAGCAGGAUUGAAAGACCACCAAAGCCAUGGAUUGCCAACUGGACUAAGGAUCAAAUGGACUCAAGAAAAAGAAAGCAGAGGCAAGAGGAGUCAGAUUCUGACUCAGAAUCUGAAUCUAAACCAAGUGAUGAGAGCGAAGAAUCAUCACCUGGGAAGAAGGAGAAGAAAAAGAAAAAAACAAAAACAACUCCAAAAAAUGAGAGAUAUGAAAUAUCGAGUGACGAACUUGAUGAAUGGCUAGGGGAAAACGUUCAUAAAUCUGCUGCAGAGGGGGACAACCAAGCUGACCUGCGAUCGACAGAAGGUCGCUAUGUGUCCUCUGAAACACUACCGGCUGUGAACUUGGGAAGUGAUGAUCCUUCCUCUCAAGGACGCACAGAACAGAGUAGUGUAAACCAGCCGUCUCAGAGCAUGUUGACUCCGAAUGAUUCCAAUAUGAUGGUUGUUAGGGAACAAACGCCGUCGAAAGCGCUUGCAAUAGUCCCGAUCCAGGUUUUUGUGCCGGCAUCCCAAACAACCCCUGAGAUAGAUUUCAAACCAACCCCUAUGCUAAGGAUUGAAGGGACUACAGAAAGGUAA